ACGAAAUUCUGUCUUUUUUAAAGACAAAAAUUUUUGAGGCGAAAUACCCAAAAAGAAGUUUGUAAGAAAUUUCGUUAGUGUUGGCACGGUUUUGAUUAGCCCCUGAUGCCUGAUGCAAUCGGUAUGCUAAUUAGGCGCUUUUCACGGUGUUGGCAGUUUACUGUUGUUAUUACACGUUUGUUUCACUCUAGUUGAUUGUUUCUUCUGCAAUUUUUCCCUCGUUCGUAUGUCGAUGUUGGUUAAUCUCGAUUUUUGCUUCCAACUGUGCCCUGUUUUAACGGUCGUAAGCGCGCUUUUAAACUGCGACAGUAGGCCUAGGUAACACUGUGUUGAGUUGCGCAUUUGAGUUGUUGCCGCUCUCUGAGUUAAUGAGUUUUAACUCAUCGGUUAAUGAGUUAUAACUCCUAGCCUAAAAGUGAACUUUAUUUCGAUUUGUAUCUGAAAAAGGUGAUAAAGAAGAGCAACGUCUGGGUCCAAAGACGACGAGUUUUCUUGUGAAAUCGAUCUCUCAAUUUUUUUGCCUAACACUCUGGCAGGAUUUUGCAGUAAAACGCAAAGAAAAACCGCGUUUUUACGUUUAGGGAGAGUUUUUGAGAAAUAUUGCCUUAAAGUGAUGAAACCGGAGUUAUAAAAGACAAAUUAACGCGACGAAGGUGACGAGUUUUCCAAAUAAUUGAUUGUAAAGUUUCGCUUGUUUUGUUCGGGGAAAUAUUUCUGGAAAACAAUACAGAAAAAACUAUUAGGGUUUUGCACGUAAUUCGAAUGGAAAUUUUUUACAAGGCUGUUAACGAAGCAAGUGUUCCAAUUUUUCACAGAAAAUAGCUGAAGAUUGUCAGUAUUUUUAAGUAAAACUAAAAAAUAACGCGUUUUUUUGCGUAGAAUUAAUUGCUUAAUCAGAACUGUGCCAAAACUGGAAAGACCUGAAAUUUUAAGGAAACUGUAAAAGUCUUCAGAGCACUGAGGGCGGCGAAUUUUCUAAAUAAUUUUUUGAAAGCUUUUGCUCUGGACGUUUUUUUUUUUCAAGAUAAUCCUGAUUACUUUCCGUAAAAAUUGACUUACAAUUAUCUGGCUUUUGUGCCAAAUUCUAAGCUGGAAAGGGUUUUCUCAAAUUCCCUUGCUACAAAGCUAUAAAUUUAUCUUUUUUAGCAAUUUUUCGCGUAAAACACUUCCACAUUACUUUUUAAAGAUUGGGCAGCUUCGAUCAAACCUGAUUGAGAAAAGGGAUGUUUUUCGAGACGAUCUCUCAAAAAGUGCUUUAUUUUGCUGUUCAGCUCGUUUCGUUGAUACACAGCGUCGUUUUCAAAAUACCGGGUGUUUGCGUUAGAAGUUGAAAUCCUUGCGGUUUUUCGAAUAUUUAUUCUCGGGUUUAGAUCGAUCAUGUGGUCAAGGUAUUGAAAGAGUUUACAGGUUAAAGAUGCUUUUUUAGGGGGCUCAUGUCCCCUGUGACCACCCCAACCUUUUCCUGGUGCGGCACUGAAGUCUAGCGCAAUUUUUCUCAAUUCCUUGUUCAAGUUGGACACUUUUUAUCCUUUGCGGCCACUUUCCAACAUCAGGGACUCUUUUUUACCUCUUGCAAUUUUUUUGCACCAAAAUUACUAAUUAAUGCUUGCAAGAAUAGAACGACAUCAUUUACAAUUUGAAGCAAAACUCUCAAAAACUGCAGGGGGUUAAACAAAGGAUUCGCGAAAGUAGUUUAUAUACAAGGGAAUUAAUAAAUCCCAAAUAAAACAACGGAAAUGUUAAGGUCAAUUGCCGUGAAGUGUUUCGCUUGCCUCCAAUGUGUUUUUGCUGAAUUUCACCAUUUUUUAUACAGAGUGAGCAUAUCUAUGGACGCGUAGCGUGCCUGAAUCACCCUGUAUAUUCAACAGUCGUCUGGUAAUUUUGGCCCGCCGACAUUUACAGAAUGACUGGGAUUUUUAAUAAUGCCUUAAAAAAGAAGGCCAGACUGUUACAUUGAAUGAAAAUAUUGGUUUAGUGUGGCUAUUUAUGUGCCACUACGUCAAUGCUUGAACAAUAAGAACCACAGUCAAGAGCCCCAUGUGGUAAAGCUAAGAUUGACAAAGGCUUUGGUGAAUUGUAAUUGUUCGUAAGAUUGCGGAAAUUUCGGGGAUCAGAAUUAAUCGCCAUUUAAAUAGAGUUUUUUUGUGAACUUAAUUACCACUUAGUUGCCGACGAUUUACAUCAUGUUUCAUUGAAAUUAAUUUAUUGUUGAUCACGAAUUUCUCCAGCGUUGACAAUGUUUUUAUUUAUAUUUUUUAUUAGCGACUGUAUGAAUGUGUUUCCCAAGUGUAUGCGCUGUUGAAACCUACUGGCGUCACUCAAUAUUAUUGGCGAUUGGAAACCGCAAUUAACACCUUCAUUUAUUGCCUAUUAAUACGACGAAGAUUUUCCGAAAAAUCCAUAAAUUUGCUUUGUUCAUUAACCACUAGCCAAGUGCUGCCUGCCAGUGAAGAGUCUGGAGUCGAUUGACCGUAUUGUUCCGACAUUCGAUUUGAUUAAAAGGUCGUGAUCCAGUCGCAGGAAUUUAAUGUUUUUAUCAAUUUUUGCCGUUUUUAUGCAAUUAUCGGCUGAUGGCCAAUGAAACCGAAUCAAACCAAUUUUCGCUUGUAUUUUGUGGAAAUUCUAUUUAAUUUAAUAUGCCCUAAUAGUUAUUGAGCGAAGCACAAGGAAUCUGGAUUAAAGAACGUGUUAAUGUAAAUAAUCCAUAAUUGUUUUCAACGGCACGAAUUGGAGAAGCUGUGCACRCUUUGCACCGGUGAAUAUUUCGAAAAAUCUCUGGAUUUCUGUAUUUUUAUGGGCAAUUUUAUUUCUGAAAAUGCCAGUUUCCUUAAUCGCUCUCGGAGGCAUUUCUGGGAAAUUGGGCCGGUAAUAGCAUCAUUUGUGAAGACUUUGGCAAAACCUUGAAAAUCUUCACUGGCGAAAAACUGAACCCAAUAGGCGACUUUCGCGUUGAUGAAAUGUUUUGCAAGCAACACUUUGAGAAAACAUGUACCAUUGCGGCGUUGCCAAUUACGCGAAAUUAUCCCUAAAAGUUGGGAAAUUUCAAAAGUAGUUGCCGUCUCAAGGCGGUCACUUUCAAGCCGAAGAAAACACAAUAUUACCCCGUUGCCGGAACUAGCAGCGAUCUAUUGCGUUUUUUCGCCGAAAAAUUAUCGCUAGAUUAGUAUGCGUGCGUCUGUCCUAAUGUUGAUGGUCGGCGAUAAUCAAUUCAGCCUUUAUUUUUCCGCAAAAAUUCAUUGUACUAUUUGGUGUUAAGUGGCGGUCCGUUAGUGAUACCCGAAGGCCCAGAUUGUGUUUUCAAUCCAGUGGCGCGUCCGCGAAGAAAAUUGUGCUAAACUGGCCCGGUGAAGAACCGCGAAUUUAUUGGAGGUGCACUUUUUCGUGUGGUCCACCGACACCGCAAGCCAGGACGAAUUUUGCAGGUAAGCAACGUUGGUGAAUAAGAAUACUCCUGGUGCUGCCACUGGUUCUAGCUUGCAGAAUCUGUUAACGCUUUUUACCUUUCCACUACCAUCUUCAUCCGAAAUCUUUUCCAUUCAAUUUGAGAAUGGCAUAGAGUGGACUUUACCUUUAGGGAUUUGCGACUAAUUAUUCCACUGGCUUCAUGUGGGGGCUAUUUGGCUAAGGCUUACUGAGCAAGAUCCAUAAGCAAAUUCGCUGUUUCUGCUAUAUAAGUUCGCAUUUUGCCGUCGAAAAGCCAGACAUAACCGCAGCCAAGAUGAUCUUUGGGCUGGCGCAGAAAAUCAAAGUGCCUGAGGGUAGUUCUGCCUAUCAGUACCUGGCCACCCUUACAGGAUGUCUGGGGGUACUGUCCAGUGCCAUGCACUUUGGUUGGCCGUCGCCCUCCCUGCCUUACUUGUUGAGCGCGUCCUCGCACAUCAGCGUGUCCAGCCAGGACGGUUCCUGGCUGGCUUCCAUGCCGUGUAUUGGGGCCGCCUCCGGAUCCAUAAUGACCGCCUACCUGGUGGACCGCAUAGGCCGGAAAAACUGCAUGCUAAUGACCGCCCCCGGAUACCUUUUGGCGUGGCUGAUGGUCGCAUUUGCCUCCACCAUCUGGGAGCUGUAUGCGGCGCGAUUCAUCUGCGGAUGGGCUGACGGCCUGGUUUUCACCGCCUUUCCCAUGUAUCUGGGAGAAAUCGCCUCCUAUGAUAUCCGAGGGCUGUUGGGCUCCAGCUUGCAACUCUCCAUGAUAUUCGGCAUGUUGCUGAUCAACAUCAUUGGCUCGUAUUUGAGCAUCACCAAUACGGCGUUAGUGUGCGCGGUUUUGCCUCCAGUGUUUUUUGCGCUCUUCUGGCUGAUGCCCGACAGUCCCUACUACUUGGUGAUGAAGGGCAACAUUGAGGAGGCCUCUAGAAACCUGCAGCUAUUGAGACAGACUAAGGAUGUCUCCAAUGAGCUGAACCGAGUGAUAGAAUCGGUUAGAGUAGAAAAGGAGCAAGCGGGUAGAUUCUAUGAGCUGUUCACGGUGGCCAGCAAUAGACGGGCGGCGAUCAUUGUGUUCGGAUUGAGGGCGAUUCAGCAGUUCAGCGGAACCACUGUGAUCACCUUCUACGCGCAGAGCAUCUUCCAUGAAGCAAGUGGGGACAUGUCGCCCACCACAGCCACCAUGAUCUACUUCAGCCUGCAGCUGCUCUGCGCCCUGGUAUCCAGCUUUUUAGUGGACAAAGUCGGGCGGAAGCCUCUAUUGAUCGUCUCCAUCAUCGGAUCUGGAGUAGCUCUAUCUCUGGAAGGCACCUAUUUUUAUCUCAGCGCCAACACCGAUCUGGAUGUCUCCAGUCUACGUGUAGUUCCCCUAGUAGCUCUUCUGGGCUAUGUGGUCAUCUUCAAUUUGGGCAUGGGAGUGAUUCCAGUGCUCUUUUUAGGGGAAAUGUUCCCAACCAGCGUGAAAGCGUUCGCUUUAUGCGUGGCGGACAUCUGGUUUGGAGUGAUCGUCACAAUGGUGGCCAAAUUCUUCCAGAUUAUGCAAGAUGACUUUGGCAUUUCCGUCCCGUUUUUCGCUUUCGCGGCCUGUUGUGCCAUUGGUUUAGUUUUUAUCGUGCUGUUGGUGCCCGAGACCCGCGGGAAAACGCUGGAAGAAAUCCAGUUGGAACUGAAGGGUAUUGAAAAGGAAAAACCAGAGGACAGCAGUAGGGCGUAAUUUACCACUAGCUUUAAGUGUGUUUGUUUUUGGGACUUAUUUAUUUUGUAUGUACUUUUUUACUUUUCAAAUUAUACAGUCUGCGUUUUU